GCAGCCUUGCCGUGCCGGCAGCUGAGGCUACGGCUCCGCGGUGCUGCCACUUUCCUUUUUGGCGCUGCGGGCCGCAGGCCAGGGCCAUGUCCCGAAAGCAGACGACGAGGAGCCGGCCGGGCAGCGGUAGCCGUAAAGCUGAGACUGAGCGUAAGCGGGACGAGCGGGCGGCGCGCCGGGCCUUGGCCAAGGAGCGGCGGAACCGACCGGAGCCCGGCGGCAGCAGCAGCGGCGGCGGCGGCGAGGAGGAGUUCGUUAGCUUCGCCAACCAGCUGCAGGCCCUGGGGCUGAAGCUGCGGGAGGUGCCGGGGGACGGUAACUGCUUAUUUAGAGCUCUUGGUGACCAACUGGAGGGACACUCACGAAAUCAUCUCAAGCACCGACAGGAGACAGUGGACUACAUGAUAAAGCAGCGGGAAGAUUUUGAACCCUUUGUAGAAGAUGAUGUCCCCUUCGACAAGCAUGUGGCCAGCUUGGCAAAGCCUGGUACUUUUGCUGGCAAUGAUGCAAUUGUAGCCUUUGCAAGAAAUCAUCAGUUGAAUGUGGUGAUUCAUCAACUUAAUGCCCCUUUGUGGCAGAUUCGGGGUACAGACAAAAGCAGUGUGAGGGAGUUACACAUUGCCUAUCGGUAUGGAGAGCACUAUGACAGUGUCCGGAGGAUCAAUGACAACUCAGAAGCACCUGCUCAUCUCCAGACUGAUUUUCAGAUGCUUUAUCAAGGUGAAUCAAAUAAAAGAGAAAAGAUCAAGACCAAAGGAGUUGACUUUGAAGACAACCUGGGGGAUGGAGUAGAGGACGCAGUCCAGAAAGUUUGCAGUGCAACUGGAUGUUCAGAUUUUAAUUUAAUAGUCCAGAAGCUGGAAGCUGAAAAUUACAAUAUUGAAUCUGCCAUAAUUGCCAUGCUUCAGAUGGACCAGGGGAAAAGAAACAAUGCAGAGGAGAACGUUGAGUCCAGUGGCCAAGUGCUGAAGCAGAGUGGCCCUUUAUGGGAGGAGGGUGGCAGUGGAGCCAAAGUCUUUGGAAAUCAGAGCUUAAAUGAAGUGGGGACUGGAAACAGUAAGGUGCAACCCAGCCCAAGUGAAGAAAACAAAGCAAAUAAAAGCCAACUCCCAAAGGUCACAAACAAGCAGCGGAGGGAGCAGCAGCGGAUGGAGAAGAAGAAACGACAGGAGGAGAGGCACCGCCACAAAGCCCUAGAGGGCAGGAGUAGCCACAGGGACAAUAACAGAAACGAAGCAGAUGUGAACACGCAGGUCACCUUGGUGAAGACCUUUGCUGCUCUCAACAUCUGACUCUGGCCUCCUGGGAGCUGUAAGAAGUGGAUGGAAAAUGAGUGCUAUAUAUGAGCCAGGCUUCCAGUGAUGGAAUGAGACACAACCCACAAGACCCACACAUGCACUUACACACUGAGUUAGUUUCUUUAAGCUGCGUCUUUCUGUUCAAAGUUUUGUCAGUGCUGUGUUUUGUUUUAUGAAAGUGCAGUGAAGCCUCUCAUAUUCCCUAAUACAGACUUAAAAACUGAGUUUUAGGGGUGGAUCAUUAGGUCAGGAAAAGCCUUUUGAAUGUGACUUUGUUUUCCCUGAAAAUUGGAGUUCAGUGACUCUGGGGUCUUCCCUUAACACUAGGGUGAGUUGCUGUAAUUGUUCAUGAAGUAGUUUAGAGUAAUUGUUAGAAAUUUAGAGAGACAAAUUUCCUUAGUUUCUUUUCAUUUUCAAGCAAAUGUUAAUGUAUAGAGUAGUUUAUAAAUAAUCUAACUCAGGAACAUGUUUAGGUUUAAUUUUUUUCUUAUUCAAGUUACUCAGAAAAUAAUUCAGGAAGUGAUUUCCCAAAGUAAUGUGAUACAAAGGGUGACCUGCAACUGUCAGGGUGGAAGUUAAACAGCUAUGUCUUCUUCCUUCCUGUUUUGAUGCCAUUUCAGAUGGUGCAGGUGCUGUGGGCUCAUCCCUGUUCAAGCCAUGUGACAGGCACCUGGCUCUUGGUGAGCUGGGCUUGCUGGGAAGUCUACAGUGGUGUUUAGUGUGGAUAUUUGCUUCUUGAGAGUUAGGAAGGGAGAAGUCAGGGGACCUCCUGUUUUUGUCUACGAAGAGUCUAAAGAAUGAUUUGCUUUUAUAGGAGGAGAAGUCUGGAAGAAUAUCUAAAGUUCUUCAUGUUCACACUUUAAGUAAUUAUGUUUUCUUCCCUGCUAUCAUAGACUUAGAUGUCUUCAGAGAAAUACAUGGUAAUUUAACCUUAUAGGUUGCUAAGUUUUUAGUAUCGUAGAAAUGAAAUUCCAUAGAAUACAUCUUUUAUUUAAGUCCCGUUUGCAAUUUCAGCAUUGGGAAAACUGCAUUGCCUCCAGAGAUGGUCAGUCAGCAGGGAAGAGGGCCAGGGGAUGUUGGUGAUCAUAGCUCCAAAACACUCAAGCAGUGGGCAGAUGCUGUUCCCCAAACUGAAGUAGGCAGCAUUAAAACUGCCAUGUGUGAGAUGGCCAGUCUUGGAUAUCAUAUUUACCUUUCAGAAACCUGCUGUUUGGGCAAUUAAUAUGUGCUGGGUCAAAGGUACAUUAUUUGUUGUCUCCCUGCCCCUCAAAUUUCAAAAUUAUAAGAACUUGCCCAGAGGCAAAGGGCAAGUUAUAAGAAAGUUUUGACAUGUAUAAACAUGCCAUUGUCUGGGCGGUCCCUGAUUCAUUCACUUGUCUUUAUCAGCA